GGCCCUGGGGCGCCUUAAAAACCAGAGCUGGCGCUUGGGUCGCCGCUUUGAGCAGGAUCCAACGUCGCUGCGGCUACCCUUAACCACUCACAGACCCCCCACAGCCAUGGCCAGCAAGGGCUUGCAGGACCUGAAGCAGCAAGUGGAAGGGGCGGCCCAGGAAGCGGUGACUUCAGCCGGAACAGCAGUUCAGCAAGUGGUGGAUCAGGCCACAGAAGCAGGGCAGAAAGCCAUGGACCAGGUUGCCAAGACUACCCAGGAAACCAUCGACAAGGCUGCUAACCAGGCCUCUGAGGCUUUCUCGGGUUUGGGGAAAAAAAUUGGCCUCCUGAAAUGACAGAAGGGAGAAAUGAGUGACUCCCUUCGAGGCCCGGAGCUUUGGCAGGCUCUUGGUGGGCCACCUCAUUAAAACAUAUAUUCCUA